AAUGCCAAAUUGCCGGCUUGCGACAUUUGCGUAAUAAAAAUAAAUACAAGUAAAAUAACCAGUAAUCUUUCGGCUUUUAAAUAUAUAAUGCAAUAGAAUAUGUCCGGAAUUGAUUUUAAAAAAUAUUUUCCAAUAGACAGUAUUCAGAAAGUAUGUGAUUUAUUUGAAGAGCAAUUGCGCAGUGAAAAGGAGCCCGACCUAUCUUUAUUUUCCAUUAUUGUGGGAGCAAUUGAAAACAAUCUAACUAACAUAAAAAACAGCGAUAAAGAUGUAAAUCUAUCGACAAACAAACAAUCUGUUGUAAAAAUGAAAUUCCCUUCUCUUGAAUGGGAAGAAGUCAAAGAUUUGCACGAUAGGUUUGUUUCCUUGAUGCGGAGCGGAGUUGACAAUAAGUUGUUAAACGGGGAGUAUGCUACACGAGACUUGGUUAAACGCGUUGCUGAUAUCGUUUGGAAUUCUCUAACUCGUAGUUAUUACAAAGACCGUGCCCAUCUACAGUCAAUAUAUAGUUUUUUAUCAGGCAAUAAGCUUGACUGUUUUGGAGUUGCAUUUGCUGUGACUGCUGGAUGUCAAGUUGUAGGUAAACGCGAUGUCCAUUUAGCGCUAUCUGAAGAUCAUGCUUGGGUGGUCUUUGGGAAGGAUGGAAAAGAAACCGCAGAGGUCACAUGGCAUGGUAAAGGUAAUGAAGAUAAAAGAGGCCGUUCUGUGGGUGAGGGGGUGUUGGCACGCUCUUGGCUGUAUGUAGCUGGGAAACCUGUAGUGUGCACCAGAAUCAUGGAACUUGCUGCACUGGUCUCGUCAAUCAAUCCUACUCUUACACCUAAUAUUGAUGUUCAUGAAGUAUCACAGAUGCAACACAACCUCCUCUGGCUUUUGUAUGAUCAUGGUCAUUUGGAUGCAUAUCCUAUGGCUCUUGGAAAUCUAGGUGACUUGGAUGAGUACAUGGAGAGCCCCGGCGUACGGGACUUAAAAGAGGAAUCACAAAACCCACCAUUAUCUCAGAAACUGGCUUCAAGACCAGACCCAGCAGCCCUGUAUGUGCAAGCUAUAAGGUCUGCAAGGACUUACUAUGAAGAUAAACAUGUCUAUCCCUACACAUUCCAGGGUGGCUAUUACCUCCGCAACAAAAUGUACAAAGAAGCAUUUAAUGCUUGGGCUUGUGCUGGAGAUGUUAUAAGACACUAUAACUACUCCCGGGAUGAUGAAGAAAUAUAUAAGGAGUUUUCUGAAAUUGCUAAUGAGCAAAUACCUCAAUUAAUGAAACUAGAGAGUUCUGGACAUUCAGCAAGAACAAUACUAAAAGAUCCAGAAUGUUUUGCAUCGCUGUUGAGAUUCUAUGACGGUAUUUGUAAAUGGGAAGAAGGAAGUCAAACACCCAUACUUCAUAUCGGCUGGGCCAGACCACUGGUGAGCACAAUAUCCAAAUUCGACGCCGAAGUUAGGGCUCAGGUGAACAUUGUAUGCAGUCCGGACGUGGACGAACCUAAAGAAGGCCACAACGGGGCGUCGUCGACGAAAGAUAAAGGCGGAGAGAACGGGAACGACAAAUGGAAUGACAAGGCGGAUAAUGCAGAAUUGAGUGUCAGGGAGCAGUUAACGGCGGCCGUGAACAGCCGGCCCCGCGUGACGCUGUACAGCCACAAGAUGGCCGCGUUGAAGCCGCUGCUGCUGGCGGAGCGGCUGAACACGCACGCGCUGCAGCUGCAGCUGACGGCGCAGAGCCAGCUGCAGCGGCCGGCCGCGCCCGCCAAGCGCCGCGACGACGACUCGCCGCCCGCGCCCACCGCCCGCGGCAAGCGCGCGCGCCGCGAACGCUGA